AUACCCGAUACGGACAGCUCCGAGAAAUCCCAAAUCUGGAUUUGAAGAAUUGCUGCUAACUACCUACCUACCUAAGAUACCUAACACAUCAAAAUGCCAGGUAGCCUUAACUCGUCUGGCCGGACAUUUAUAUAUUAAUAUUUUCACUUUUCAAUUCUUGUCGUUCCUUAGAAGUUGACUAGACUGAAAUGGGUGGAUGAGAUUCAAAUAAGACCUUCGAGACCUGAACAUGAGCUCAGGGAAGAAAAAGACAGACGCCGGGGCAUCCAGCGCUACAAAAAGCACUACUAAAAACCAUGAAAUUACCGUAGGUGCUGUUCAAGCUAAGGAUGCUCUGGCGGUUAUAUUCGCUGUCCGUAUUAUAAAUGCUCUCUGUGUUCGCACCUUUUUCCAACCGGAUGAGUAUUUUCAAGCUCUCGAGCCAGCUUGGAAUCUGGUAUUCGGAGAAGACAGCGGAGCAUGGCUGACCUGGGAAUGGAAGCAUCAGCUUCGCUCGUCUGUCCACCCUGCUGUGUUUGCCAUUGGAUAUUGGAUCGUCCAAAAUUUCCAAGGUUCAAAGAUGCAUCCAGUGACCAAAACUAAAUGGCUUCUUGCAGCGCCUAAAGUCUUACAAGCAGGCUUCGCUGCCUUGAGCGAUUGGUAUUCGUGGAGACUUGCAGAGAGGCUAUAUGGUCGAGGGAGUGCUGCUGCCUGGUCUGUUCUUUUGAUGGCAUUGGUCAACCCCUGGCAAUGGUACACAUCAACAAGGACAUUCUCAAACUGCUUCGAGACUACCCUGACGGCCAUGGCCCUCUAUUAUUGGCCCUGGGAAAUUCUAGGUACGGAGGACGACGAGAAUGUCGAGUCCAAGCAUUCAUCAAUUCCUAUCCUCCAGACCUGGGGUCAGAUUAAUAAUCUUCGAUUGUCUUUGAUACUAGCUGCAUUCGCUGUUCUCUUGCGGCCAACCAAUAUCCUAAUAUGGGCGGCUAUUAGUACCCUCACAUUAACAAGGGCGACACUCAGUGGGAAAUCACCGCUUACUCUAAGGAACUGCUUUAUGAUCUAUAGGGAGGUGGUAUUUUGCGGGUCAUUUGUUCUCGGACUAUCUUUAUUGGCCGACCGCCUAUACUAUGGAGAGUGGACAUUCCCCCCUUUAACCUUCUUGCACUUCAAUGUUGCGCAGGACCUCGCAAGCUUCUACGGGGAGAAUGACUGGCAUUAUUAUCUCUCUCAGGGUAUACCAUUGCUGGGUACUACGAUAACCCCGUUCAUCCUGAAAGGCAUAUACAGGUCUUUAGACUCGGAAAAUUUGACUUGGCCAGUCGUAACAUCUAACGCCCUUAAAGCACUAUCCUUCGUCGCCUUCACAAACAUAUCUGCCUUAUCAUUUGUUUCCCACAAGGAAGUUCGUUUCAUCACGCCGCUUCUUCCAGCUUUCCAUAUCUUGGCCGCACCCUACGUCACGUCCUUUUUCACCGCACUAAAAAAUGCUACCUCUACUAGUUCGUCACCAACUUUGGGAUGGAAGCGGACCCCUUUGCUCCUAGCGGGCCUUCUCGUGAAUGCCAUCAUCGGCGGUUAUCUCUCAUGGCUCCAUGCCGCCGCACCCAUAAAAGUGGUGAACUACCUGCGUAGCGAGUUUGAAAACAUUCAUCCUAAGCACCUCGCGAUCCCGCAACCGGCAAACGUAUCCGUGGACGAGGAUUUCUCGCAAGAGCUCUUUGCGCUCUUCUUAACGCCUUGCCACGCCACGCCGUGGCGCUCUCACCUGGUCUACCCGGCGCUGCGCGCGCGCGCCCUAACCUGCGAGCCGCCCCUCCACACCGCCCCGGGCUCCCUCCAGCGCCAAGUGUACCAAGACGAGACGCGGCGCUUCUACGCGGACAAGAUCGGCUUCUUGAAGGAGUUGUGGCCUCGAGACGCUCCUGGCGAGGACAUGGCUAGGUAUAUCGUUGGGUACGAGGACAUCGGCCCAGCCCUAUACGAGUAUUUUGAUCCCAUGGGUCCCGGUGGUCGACAUAGAGUCGAACUGGUGCGAGUGUGGGAUUCAUGGAAUGGGCUCUUCACGGAUGACGAUAGAAAGUCGGGACGCUUGGUCGUCUGGGCUACGGGGUUUUAUGAUAAGGUGUCGCCCAUAGAACCGUAAACUAGAAUAGUUCAUCGGAGGCUAUUUGACAAUUUGGAUAUUGGAAUGAGUCAAUUGCACCUCAAUUGCACCCAACCUAAAAUGUUUCCCAUCAUCGGUACCUAAUAUAAGACCACCACUACUACGUGACAUGUGGCGUAUUAGUAUACUGGAGCAACGAAGUUUGGCGACGCAUAUUAUGGAUUCAUGUACCUAGUUCUGGACGAAUUCGGCAUUGGUCUACUGAUUACUACAAGUGAUUCCGCAAUCAAUGCACUCAUUAAGCGCCGACGAAUUACCU